AUGGGCGUCAAGAAGCAGAUGCGCAUCCUGAUGGUUGGUUUGGAUGCUGCUGGAAAGACAACUAUUUUGUACAAACUGAAGUUAGGGGAGAUAGUCACCACCAUUCCAACUAUUGGUUUUAAUGUGGAAACAGUAGAAUAUAAAAAUAUUUGUUUCACAGUAUGGGAUGUUGGUGGUCAAGAUAAAAUUAGACCUCUUUGGAGGCAUUACUUCCAAAACACACAGCAACGAUCGCGAGAGAAUUCAAGAAGGUGCCGAAGAGCUGCAGAAACUGUGCUGCUGCUCUUUGCAAACAAGCAGGAUCUACCAAACGCCAUGGCGAUCAGUGAAAUGACAGAUAAACUAGGCCUGCAGUCCCUUCGCAGCAGAACCUGGUAUGUUCAAGCUACCUGUGCUACACAAGGAACCGGUCUGUACGAAGGUCUUGACUGGCUCUCAAAUGAGCUCUCGAAGCGUUAAGUCCCCCUGGAUGACUGACCAGGACGUGUUGGAUAGAAUUGGGUCUAGGCU